AUGUUUCCUGCAGUUAUGUCCAAUUCAAACUCUCUUUCUGAAGAAGCUAGUGUUUCUUCUGGGCCUAGGGUUCAUGAAUUUGGCUGCAGCUUUAAUCCAAUGAUACAAACACAAUCCAUUUCUACUCAGCAGCCACAGAAAAUCAAGAAGAAGAGAAACCUCCCAGGAAAUCCUGACCCAGAUGCUGAAGUGAUUGCAUUAUCUCCAAAAACCCUUUUGGCCACAAACAGAUUUGUUUGUGAGAUUUGCAGCAGGGGUUUUCAGAGAGAUCAGAAUCUGCAGCUUCACAGAAGAGGUCACAGUCUUCCUUGGAAACUUAAACAAAGAGACAGCAAAGAGAACAGGAAGAGGGUUUAUGUGUGUCCUGAGCCUACAUGUGUUCAUAGCCACCCCUCGAGGGCUCUUGGGGACCUUACAGGAAUUAAGAAACAUUACUGCAGAAAACAUGGGGAGAAGAAAUGGAAAUGUGAAAAAUGUUCAAAGAUUUAUGCUGUUCAAUCAGACUGGAAAGCACACUCAAAAACCUGUGGAACAAGAGAAUACAGGUGUGACUGUGGAACCCUUUUCUCCAGGAAGGAUAGCUUCAUAACCCACAGAGCAUUUUGUGAUGCUUUAGCAGAAGAAACUGCUAGACUCUCUGCAGCCAACUCAAUCUUGGCCUCCGGACAAAACCCUAAUAAUGAACAACCGCCACCGCACACGGCGGCGACAUUCCAUUUCAACCACCAAAACCCUUCUUCUCUCUUUUCCUUCUCCGCCCAACAGCGCCACUUCCCAAACCCGCCACCCCACAUCAACCUCCUUCACCCCUACUGGGACCCACCUCAAAACCAUAACCCUAAUAACAAUGUCCAAAUCAAACCUGAAUCCAUCCACAUUCCCCUCUCUUCACCAUUUUACCAAGAACCACUCCACAAGGGACUGAUGACGUCACCUUUCCAUGGUCUCCACGUAAGCACCGGCGUAGCACCGCUCUCGGCCACCGCACUCCUCCAGAAGGCAGCAACUGUAGCUGCAGUACAUUCUGUAGGUCACGUGAACUCCACCAUGGCCCAGCUGGAUAUGGGUCACAUGAAAACCACCGACGGGGGGUUCCCGACGGGGAAUCUUGUCACGUGGCAGGAGACUGACCGCUUCACCAGAGACUUUCUUGGGCUGAAAGGUAACCACUGUGGUGGUGGCGGCAAUAAUGGCAGCUCGGGGAACCUACUAUCCUACACCGGGGGUGUAGAAUACCCUACAUAUGACCAUGAACACUCACUAUUGAAGCAUCAGGGAGGAUUUGGAUUUGCUGAAACUGCUUCAGAAGGUGAACUGUUGAAGCUACACUGCAUUACAGAGGGCUAA